AUGAGUUCAAACAAAAGACAACGCUCUGUCGGUGAGGGCGGCGAUGGCAGUGACCGUGACGAUGAAGCGCAGCACUUCAGUAAGAAAGUCGCACAUUCUACCGAAGAGAAUGCCGUACCUGGUCCCCAGCCUACAGCAGUUGAUCUUACAGAUGACCCCCAAGAUGCGACAGCAGACGACGCAUCGGAGAUGAUUCACCCAUGUGAGAGUGCUCAAAACAUUCGCAAUGAAUUAGCCAGUCAUAAAGACGAACUCAGAGAAUUCAGAAAUGAAAUUUCUUUGCUCAAAAAUCAGCUAGACAAAUUUCUCAGUACUACGUCUAAGGAACCUAUGAAUGAUCGAGAUGAACUUCAAAUCAAGUUGAACGUAGCACAGGACCGACUGAAAGCAACCCAAGACCAAUUGGAAAUAGAGCAACAGCGACUAGACGCCGCCCAAUCAAAGUUGGAUUUGGCAGGCACUCAAUUGAAUGAAGUGAAGGCAAUUCUAGAGCCUACUAAAACACAAUGCGAGACACUUCGCCAAGACAUAGAACAGAUUGGGAUCAUUCGACACAGCGCACCGUACCUAGAUAUCAUUCUUGAAGAACAAUUCCUGGAGUUGCGGGAUAACAUCAGAUGGUUCACCAAGACAUACUGCAGUCACCCAACCUUGGUCACUUCUCUCCCAGCCGAUGUCACCGCGAAAUUGAGAACACUAUCAAGCACUCCUAUUGGCCACUUCCUCAGGAAUCGAUUCUAUGCACGACGUUUCGCUGAGGCUCACAUAUGGUGCUUACUCUACGAUCAACUGCUUUGUAACCCUUUCUUCAUAUGGGGAACUACCAACACGAUUGGCAAGGUUGUCGAGCACGUUUUAAGUCUCGCGAGCGCACCUCGGCCGACUCGAGAGUUUUGGCGGGUAAUGACUGCGCAGUUGCUCAGCGAUACAGAGCCCCAGGAGGCGAGAGUCAAGACCUACCGAGACCUACUUAUCUCCCAAAUCACCCCACUGGUCAACCCUGAGCAAAGCGGCAACGCGGAGCGUCACAUUGAUACUAUUACCAAUGAAGCCGUCCAACUUGCUAAGGGCCUCACUUUAUCUCGUACGAAGUGUGCUAUCCGAAGAACGGAACAGGCUGCAGAUGUUGCAGUGGCCGAGAAGUACAACGACGAAUGGAUGGAGAUUAUCGAGAAAUGCAUCAGGCAGAAUGAUGCCGUCGAACUGGUUGUCACGCCAGCUCUAAUCCAGCUAACUAAUUCGGCUGGUGAUGAAUUCAAAACGCCAAGAGUACUGGUCAAGGCCGAAGUUUGCUACGGACAGGGCCGCAAUACCGACGAUACCGUUUCUGUUUCGAAUUCACAAGCAGAUGAAGUGGAAGAAGCCACACCGCAGAGACCAAAACGUGUGAAACUAUCAGUCAAGGCGACGGAUCAUGCCACACUGGAUGAAGAGUUAGGGGAUGAUGAUGACGACGCAGAGGUGGACGACGGCUCAGGCGAAUAUAAUGGUGAAAAGGGCACGCACGGAAAGAGACCAACCAGAAAUCUUAGAAAGGCAGCCUCAACCAGUGCAAAAAGAACCUAG